GCGGCGGACGAGGCACAGUUCCCGACGCUGGGAUGCGAGCGAAAAACGAAGAUCUUUUGCAGUCUGUUAAGGAAGAUGCUGGAUUUGGGAAGGCCCAAGAUGCUUUCUGGCUUCAGUCUCUGAUUACUGAUGCCUUCUAUGGUAAAGGAUUUCAGAAAAUACAAGCGUAUCUUCAACAGAAAGAAAGCCACUUGCCUCAAAAAUAUGAUCAUCUCCUACUAGACUAUCUCGACAGAUCAGUAAAUAAGGAACUGGAUAAAAAUGAAUUUCAGUACGUUUCACUGUUGUUGAAAUGUGUUCAGCGAUUCGUCAAAGACGCUUUUGGAGAAGAGGAGCCCUUGCUAAUUCAGCAGGGACUGAUCCCGAAGAUGGUUUCCUGGUUUGAAAGGACGAUGGGACUUCUGGGCCCCGAAGCCCUGACCUUGGGCGCAGUGCUGACGCCCAUCGUAGAGGACUUCUUCUUGACUGCACUGAUUAUUUCCAGGAGUAGUACUAAGGGAAAAAUUCAGAUGCUGGAUUCCUUCAUACUUAGUUUAGGCUCCCUGGUGACAGCAGAAAAGGCUGUAAAUCACUUGGUUCAACAGGAGGCUCUGAGGACUUUGAACAGCAUUUUGCAAGGAGUACCUCGGCAGGAGAGGAGAAGGCUCCCGUCAGCAGAAGGCGUGUUCCAUCUUAUGAAAGACCUUGCAAGGACAAUCUUGACUGUGGGUGAUUAUGACCAGCAGGUUGCUCUUUCUGAGGCAUUGUGUAGAAUGACAACUAGAACAUCAAGGAAUGACCUUGUGCACCAGUGGUUCGAUGAUGACAUCCUUGCUGAAGGUUUCAAGGAAAUUAAGGAUCGAGAAUUUGAGACAGACAGUCGAAGGUUUCUGAAUCUCCUCAAUGACAGACUUGGUGACCAGAGAAGGGUCUAUUCAUUUCCAUGUGUUGCUGCUUUUGCUGAUGGGAACGAGAUGAGAAAACCAGCAGAUGAAAAAUUAGAGAAAUUUUGGAUUGAUUUCAACCUAGGAAGCCAGAGUGUGACUUUUUACAUACACAGUGCUGAGAGUGCUCUGUGGGAACCAGUCAGACUUGUGGAGGAAGCCGUGGUUAACUUCACCAUUGCAGAAAACGAGAAGGUGAAGAUAUUCAUCAUCUACCUGAAGGAGCCUAUUGUCAUCAGUAAGAAAGAAGUGAUGAAAAUAGAAAUUCAUUUUGAUUUGCAAGUGCACAUAUCUCAAGCUUCUGUCCAAGCUUUAGGAGAAGACAAACAGGUGUUGCCUGAUCAGAUGAAAAUCUCCUCGGAGCCCUUAAAUAAGUUUGAGAAGGAAGACAAUGAGAUUCCUAGUAGCCUUGAAAGACAAACAGAACAGGCAGAAGAAUCCAAUGAACCGGCAGAGUCCAUGAGCGCCGGGGAGGACCGUUGUGUGGUAACUCUCCUCUCGGGCACGCAGUCCUGGCCUCCCCAAAGGAGUACAGCUGAUAGUUCAUCUGAAAAAUCAAAAGUGGAUGAUACUCAAGAAGUUACUUCAAAACAUGAGUACUCUUCAAUUGUACAAGAACAAUCCGUCCAAAUUCAGACUCCUAAAUUAGGUGACGAAUCUAAGGAAGACUCUGCUUCUGAGGAUGACACAAAACAAGGACGAGGGGUGUCAGACACACAGAAAAAAAGGACACCGUCUGACUACAGGAAACAUCUCUUUUCUGAGAAGGAGCACGAUUCAAGUUCUAGUACCAGUGAACUCCCCUGGACCAGUAACCAGAAAAGGAAAUCCUUAAAAUCAUACUCCAGCAGAAGAAAGAUGAGAGAGAGAAGCAAGAUGAAAAUUUUGCCACUUUUCCCUCACAGUAGUGGCAGUGAACAUGAGGAAGGUCAAGCUAAACUUCUAACACCAGUAUGGAAAGACAGCUCCAGACAAAACAGUGCCACACCUUCAGAAAUGUCUGGAAGAAAACUCCAGGGUAGUUCUGCCUUUUUAAGUCUUGAAGAUUCUGUGCAGAAAACUGAACUUCCAAGUCCCCACCCACCGAGUGAUCUAUCUGCCUUGGAGUACUCAGAAGUUGAAGAAAACAUGUCUCAGAUUAUAAACCAAGAGUCAUUAAUGGAAAAUACAGGAUUCAAACAUAAGCUGGCAAACUUGGAAGACAAAGACUCUCCAGAAGGGAGUUUUGCUAAACCCAAGCAAUCAAGACUGGAAGAUGGCGAUGUUCCAGGAGCCGGCGGCUUGGCAGACACUGUGCCAGAGAACUUGGAUGGUUCUGCCAUUAUCACAGUGUUGGAAAACUUCACUGGAGACCUGAAAAGAAGAUAUGAGCUUGAGUACAGAAAGAGUCCAGUUUAUUCAACAAGGGCAAAGAAAGCACCAGAUUGCCUACGAAAACUUUUAAACCAGAUACACACGCACAGACUGAACAAAUUAGAGGACUUCAACAAUUUUUUUCUUCAAAAGUUGAGCAAUCUUGAGAGAGAGAUUCAGGCUCUGAAACACCUUGAGAAAGACGUUCUGGAAUUUUGGGGAAAACAGUCCGAUGAUCUGAAGUCAUUCUGUGACCUGCAAGAGCUGAGGCACUUUUUUUUUAAAAGUUUUUUUGGGGGGGUGGCAGGGGAUACCAGAGAUCGAACUCAGGACCUUGUACUUGCGAGGCGGGCGGUGGAACUGCUAAGCCAAAUACCUGGCCCCUUAAAAGCAUUUUUUAGAAGAGUUUUGGCUGAUGGCUAAGACUGGCCACUUUCACGGCACCCUGAGGACAGAG